AAAAAAUAUCAAACUCACAGCUAGCUAUCACCCCCACCCCACCCCACCCCCCUUCUUCCGCGCGGAAAUUUUUGUUGCGAAUCGAAUCUAUCUCUGCUUGCUUUUUCUCUCUACCUUUCUAUCCGAAUCUCUCUACAAUCUUUAGGAUUCUGUUGAGUUUGAAUGAGUUGAAUUUGUAAAUCUGGAUGAAAUGAUGUGCCAUAAGAGUGAGCACGUGCCGUUAUCGGUGUUGUUGAAGCGUGAGUUGGUGAACGAGAAGGCUGAUAGGCCGGAGAUUGUUUGUGGUGAGGCUAAUCAAUCCAAAAAGGGGGAGGAUUUUGCUCUAAUCAACACCGAUUGCGAGCGGGUGGUUGGAGAUGGUGUUGUUACCACUUAUUCUGUCUUUGGGAUAUUUGAUGGGCAUAAUGGCUCUGCAGCUGCUAUAUAUACUAAGGAGAAUCUUUUAAACAACGUUUUGUGUGCCAUUCCGCCUGAUCUUAACCGCGAUGAAUGGGUGGCAUCGCUGCCUAGGGCUUUGGUGGCUGGGUUCGUGAAAACGGAUAAAGAUUUUCAAGAAAAAGCCCAAAGGUCGGGGACGACUGUCACCUUUGUAAUUAUUGAGGGUUCAAUUGUGACGGUGGCAUCAGUUGGGGAUUCCCGCUGCAUUCUUGAGUCUGCUGAUGGGGCAAUAUAUUAUCUAUCAGCAGAUCACAGACUUGACUCUAAUGAAGAAGAGAGAGAACGUGUCACUGCAAGUGGUGGUGAGGUUGGUCGGCUUAAUACUGGUGGUGGCACCGAGAUUGGGCCUUUGAGAUGUUGGCCUGGGGGCUUAUGCCUUUCACGAUCUAUCGGAGAUCGGGAUGUUGGGGAGUUCAUUGUUCCUGUUCCUCAUGUUAAGCAAGUGAAGCUAUCCUCUGCUGGUGGGAGGCUUGUUAUCUCAAGUGAUGGUGUGUGGGAUGCUCUUUCUGCCGAAGAGGCUUUAGAGUGCAGUCGUGGUUUGGCACCCGAAGCAGCAGCAGCACAAAUUGUUAAAGAAGCUGUACAAUUGAAAGGAUUGCGGGACGAUACAACCUGCAUUGUGAUUGAUAUACUACCGCCCGAAAAGACAAAUCCUCCAUUGCAACCACCAAAGAAAACGGGUAAGCGUGUAUUUAAGGCCAUGUUCCGGAAAAGGAGUACCGAGGAGCCACCGAAGCUUCAUGAUGAAGAAGAAUAUUUUGACCCAGAUUUGGUGGAGGAGCUUGUGGAGGAAGGAUCUGCUAUGCUUUCUGAAAGGUUAGAUACGAAAUACCCGCUCUGUAAUGUUUUCAGGUUGUUCAUUUGUGCGGUGUGUCAAAUUGAAAUGAAACCCGGGGAAGGGAUUUCAAUACACCAUGGAUCAUGUAAUACAAGGGGAAACUUAAGGCCCUGGGAUGGUCCUUUCCUUUGCGUUAGCUGCCAACACAAGAGAGACGCCAUGGAAGGGAAAAUGCCAUCCACAAAUGCGCGAUACAGUAGCGAAAGUGAUUGAUGUCACAUUGAUACCCUACAGAUACCUACAAUUGUUUCUGAGCAAAGCAUAUAUUUGAAGCCCAUAAAGAUUGUCAAGAUAAGCUCUUUAUCUUUCUCAAGGGCAUUGACUUUUGACUUUCUAAAAAAAGUCUUCUAAACUUGUGCCAAAUAUUGUUGGUACAUGAGUAUCUUUCUCUUUAAUUCCCUUAAACACAUCAGAUUAGUUUUGUAUUCUGUAGUUAUAAUCUUUCCUUAAACCCCCCCUUAGUAGUUUUUUUUUUUGAACGAUCCUGACUAGCAUUGCAUAGAUCUAACAUUGACCGUUACAGACUUGCAGCUUCCUCAGAUGCUGUCACAUUUUUUUUUUUUUUACAAAAUUUCUAGUUAAUAUUCUUGGAAUCACUUGUAACAAUAUUAUAUGUUCCUACUACAAAGUGAAAACCAUUUCUCAGAA